AUAAUUUUAAUAAUUUCAUUACUCUCUAAUUAUGUUUGUUUAAGUCUGCGAUGUGGUACUUUAGCGUUUAAUUCACGUCGUGUGGUUUUUCGUCACUGUCUAAAAAAGAUGGGGCGUGUUAUACGUGGUCAGCGUAAGGGUGCAGGAAGCGUUUUCAAGGCCCACACCAAGCAUCGCAAGGGUCCAGCUAAGUUACGUCCCGUGGAUUAUGCCGAAAGACAUGGAUAUAUUCGCGGUGUUGUUCGCGAAAUCAUUCACGACCCAGGCCGUGGUGCUCCACUAGCAAAGGUCGACUUCCGCGAUAUGUACUCAUAUAAGCAUAUCAAGCAGCUCUUCAUUGCCGCUGAAGGUAUGCACACCGGUCAAUUCGUCUACUGUGGCAAAAAGGCUAGCCUUCAGAUUGGUAACGUUCUCCCAAUUGGUGCUAUGCCUGAGGGUACAGUUAUUUGCAAUGUUGAGGAAAAGAAUGGAGAUCGUGGCAGGCUUGCGCGUGCUGGUGGUACAUACGCUACCAUUGUGUCGCACAAUCACGAUACUAACCGUACUCGUGUCAAGUUGCCUUCUGGUGCCAAAAAAGUUCUCUCAUCUGGUUGCCGUGCUAUGGUUGGUCUCGUUGCAGGUGGUGGGCGCAUUGACAAGCCUAUUCUUAAAGCUGGUCGUGCGUACCACAAGUACAAGGCUAAGCGCAAUUGCUGGCCUGUUGUACGAGGUGUCUGUAUGAAUCCUGUUGAACAUCCCCAUGGUGGUGGUAAUCAUCAACACAUCGGUAAACCCUCAACUAUUCGCCGUGAUGCCUCUCAUGGUAGGAAAGUUGGUCUUAUUGCCGCCAGACGUACUGGUCGUAUUCGUGGUACCCGUGUUAUUGUUGCUAAGUCUGACAAAGAAUAA